AUGAGCAUCAUGCCGUCGAUCAAUGUUGCAUUGGAGGGAAUAAAAGGACAACAAAAUGUUGGAUCAUUCAAGGGCAGCUUAUCAGAGACAUGA